AUGGCCAGCCUGUCGUUGGUACUGCUAUUUGCUGUUGCGCACGCUCUCGUGUGCCAGGCGUCACCGGCCUACGAGAUUCUGGAAGCCGAUGACGAGGAGGGUCUGAGUGAGGGUCUGAAAUUGGAAGGACCAGAAGAGCAGGAGGCGAUGCAAGAGCAGGCGGAGGAGGAGGAUGAGAAGAGGUCAAGUGAAUUGAAGGCAGAUGCUGAGGAGCUGGAGGCUGGGUUGGUUGAAGGCAAUCUGGCUCCUGCGCGCAGUAGACGCGGCAUAAUAUGCGUUCGCGUUUGUUCUCGCAGAAUUUGCAGAGUUGUCUGUAGACGUGUUUAACCGCACACACGCACACACACACUUACAAUAAAGAUCCUGUUUUGAUUAAUGAGCCAUUUAUUCUUGCUGUGUGCGAAGAUACUCGGGCAGUUCGGAGGGGCAUUGCGGGAUGAGUAGGCUGCAAUCAGUUUUGUUUCGGUUGAACUAAUUAGCCAAAAGCAAGGAGAUGGGGCAUGCCACCUUCAACUCUUCCCGAGUGUGAAUUGCAUCAAAAUCAUAAGCUUGCCUUUUUCACUGAUUAAUCGAUUUGAUUGCAGUCCUCACCAAAAUACCAUGCAGCCUUGAUGCAUCUCUGCAUGGAACAUCAUCUUCCCAAUUGAGCUCCGGAGAAAGUUUAGUAAAGAAGACGAAAAAGAGAGGAAUCACUCUGUGUAAUUUUGUAGAUGAACGUAAAGAUAUCCGUGCGGCGGUUAUCAUUAGCGUUAAUUUGUUGCAGCUUGAAUGUGGAUGCCACAACAUUGGAGAACGAGGAGGCAUUUGGAGACAAGUUUAGUGAUGCAUCGAAUGACCUUGAAGCAACAUUAGAUCGGCCACAGACAUCGCCACACUGGCAAUUCUGUUUGGAAUGCGAGAUCGAUUAG